AUGCUCACUGCACUCUGGAUUUCCACUUUCAGUGAUUCAGUCAUGAAGAACGUUAUCAUCACUACUAUCAGGGCGCUGACGGCGGGCGAAGUGGAUGUGACUCUGGGAAACGUGAAGACCGCUCUUCUGGAUGGGUCCGAAGCAGAAUACCGGAAGUUCGUAGGCAGCGAAGCCGUCCGGUUGGUCAUAGCAGACCACGUGCCGGCUGACCGGCUGUUUCGCGUGUGGGGCGACGUUCACCGUGACCAGUGUUUCGCGACGAUUAAAAUGAAUCCUAUUGAUGGCGAUGGUAAUGACGCUGAAAACAAGAACAUAUUAUAA